GGCCAUAAAUAGGGAGUCUGAGGCUUUCUCUCAUCACUCGAGUUCCCGCCUCCGCCCCUAUCCAGUGCACCCAGGGACCGGAUCAGGAUGGCCAUCUGGCUAAACGUUGGGCUGAGCCUCCUCUGUGUCCUGCCGACCCAGGCUCAGAGCGAGUCUCCCCCGGCUAUUCCGGUGCAGCCCAAUUUCCGACAGGAUGAGUUUACAGGAAAGUGGUAUAGCAUUGGCAUGGCCUCCAACUCCCAGUGGUUUAAGGACAAGAAGCACCUCAUGACCACAUGCGUCUCCAUCGUGAGCCCUGUGGGGGACGGCAACCUGAACCAGACUUCCACCUUUCCUAGGAAUGACCGUUGUGAGAAGAGGACCAUGCUGUUGGAGAGAACCUCACAACCAGGUCGUUUCAGCUACAAAAGCCUCCGGUGGGGCAGUGACCAUGAAGUCCGGGUGGUGGAAACCAACUACGAUGAGUAUGCAGUGAUGUUCACGACGAAGUCCAAAGGUUCUGGGAAUUUCAGCAUGGCCAUUCUCUACGGUCGGAGCAAAGACUUAAGACCUGAGCUGAAGAAGAAUUUCAUCGAGUUUGCAAAGUCUCAAGGCUUCACAGAUGAUUCUAUUAUCUUCCUGCCAAAGACUGACAAGUGCAUGGAGGAGACCGAAUGAGUCUGGCUGUGAAACGAUGCCGUCGACCUCUGCCCCCGAAGACUCUCGCUAGGUCCGGAUCCACCUCGAAUGGAACAAGCUUUUCGGGUCCCCUGCCGGGACCUCCAGCCCCGACCCCAUCGCCGCCCCCUUGGCUUGCUGCUUCACCCUGUGACUCCCCAAAUAAAGAGAUGAACCUUA